AGCGCGGAGGAGGGUCGGCCCGGGAGCUGCAGCCCGGCCCGCGUGUACUCGGCACAGGGGGCGGGUUUCCCUGCGGGCCCGAGUCGCCGCGGGGCGCCGCCGGCUAAGUGUGCGCCACUGUCCCCACGGCCCGCGAGUGGCGCUGCCAGGAGACCGUGCUCUGCGGCGCAGCCAGCAGCCUCGCUACCCCCACGCUGCGACCGAGCGACGAUGCACCCCGGUGACAGCGCCCUGAGCCUCCUCCCGGCCUCGGGGUAGCUGCACUGAGCCCAGCGCGCGGGGCCCGGUCCUCCGCGCUUCCCCGCGCUCCCCCGUGUUCGUAGUGUCCCCUGCACCCGCCGCUGCCGCGGCUACCGCGCCUGGGCCAUGGGGCUGCCCACUCUGGAGUUCAGCGACUCCUACUUGGACAGUCCGGAUUUCAGGGAAAGACUUCAGUGUCACGAGAUCGAGCUGGAGAGAACCAACAAGUUCAUCAAAGAGCUGCUGAAGGAUGGCUCUCUGCUCAUCGGGGCGCUGAGGAAUCUAUCCAUGGCUGUCCAGAAGUUCUCCCAGUCUUUGCAAGACUUCCAGUUUGAAUGUAUUGGAGAUGCGGAAACCGAUGACGAAAUCAGUAUUGCUCAGUCGCUGAAAGAAUUUGCAAGGCUUCUUAUUGCCGUAGAAGAAGAAAGGCGGAGGCUGAUUCAAAAUGCUAAUGAUGUAUUAAUUGCACCCCUUGAGAAAUUUCGAAAAGAACAGAUCGGCGCAGCUAAAGAUGGAAAGAAGAAGUUCGACAAGGAGAGCGAAAAGUACUACUCCAUUCUGGACAAGCACUUAAAUUUGUCUGCCAAGAAGAAGGAGUCUCAUUUGCAAGAGGCAGAUUCACAGAUUGGCCGAGAACAUCAGAACUUCUAUGAAGCUUCGUUAGAAUAUGUCUUUAAAAUCCAAGAGGUUCAAGAGAAGAAGAAGUUUGAGUUUGUGGAACCGCUUUUGUCCUUCCUUCAGGGUUUGUUUACGUUUUACCACGAGGGAUAUGAACUCGCCCAGGAAUUUGCACCAUACAAGCAACAGCUGCAGUUCAACUUGCAGAAUACAAGGAAUAACUUUGAAAGUACUCGACAAGAGGUAGAGAGAUUGAUGCAGCGGAUGAAAUCGGCCAACCAGGAUUACAGACCACCCAGCCAGUGGACCAUGGAGGGCUAUCUUUAUGUCCAGGAGAAAAGACCUCUGGGUUUCACAUGGAUUAAACAUUACUGCACUUAUGACAAAGGAAGCAAAAUGUUCACAAUGAGCGUAUCGGAAGUGAAAGCCGGUGGGAAGAUGAAUGGCCUCGUUACUAGCUCCCCAGAGAUGUUUAAAUUAAAGUCAUGUAUCAGACGAAAGACAGAUUCCAUAGACAAGCGCUUCUGCUUUGACAUAGAAGUGGUCGAAAGGCAUGGCAUCAUUACACUGCAGGCUUUCUCUGAAGCUAACCGGAAACUCUGGCUAGAGGCCAUGGAUGGAAAAGAACCGAUUUACACGCUGCCUGCCAUAAUUAGCAAGAAAGAAGAAAUGUACUUAAAUGAAGCAGGGUUCAACUUCGUGAGAAAAUGCAUUCAAGCUGUGGAGACAAGAGGUAUCACCAUUUUAGGCCUGUACCGAAUAGGAGGUGUGAACUCCAAGGUCCAGAAACUUAUGAAUACCACAUUUUCUCCCAAGUCCCCUCCUGAUAUGGACAUUGAUAUUGAGCUGUGGGACAAUAAGACUAUCACGAGUGGGCUGAAAAACUACCUCAGGUGUCUUGCGGAACCACUGAUGACUUACAAAUUGCACAAGGACUUCAUCAUUGCUGUCAAGUCAGAUGACCAGAACUACAGGGUGGAGGCCGUCCAUGCACUGGUGCACAAAUUGCCGGAGAAAAACAGAGAGAUGCUGGACAUCUUGAUAAAACACCUGCUCAAAGUAUCAUUGCACAGCCAACAAAAUCUCAUGACCGUCUCAAAUCUCGGCGUCAUAUUUGGCCCAACGCUGAUGAGAGCGCAGGAGGAAACAGUGGCUGCCAUGAUGAACAUCAAGUUUCAGAACAUAGUGGUUGAAAUCCUGAUUGAGCACUAUGAAAAGAUUUUCCAUACUGCCCCAGACCCAAACAUUCCUCUUCCUCAGCCCCAGUCUCGGUCUGGAUCCCGAAGGACCCGUGCCAUCUGCCUAUCCACAGGUUCUCGGAAGCCCAGAGGGAGGUACACGCCAUGCCUGGCGGAGCCCGAUAGUGAUUCCUACAGCAGCAGCCCAGAUAGCACACCCAUGGGCAGCAUAGAGUCGCUCUCUUCCCACUCCUCUGAGCAAAACAGCACCACUAAGUCAACUUCCUGCCAGCCCAGGGAGAAGUCGGGUGGCAUUCCGUGGAUUGCAUCCCCUUCAUCUUCCAACGGACGGAAGAGUCUGGGUCUCUGGACAACUAGCCCAGAGUCAAGUUCUCGAGAAGAUGCAACAAAAACAGAUGUGGAGUCAGAUUGCCAGAGUGUGGCCUCGGUCACCAGCCCGGGGGAUGUCUCUCCCCCCAUAGACCUCGUCAAGAAAGGGCCCUAUGGGCUCUCAGGACUGAAAAGAGCCUCUGCCUCCUCCUCUCUCAGAUCUAUCUCUGCAGCUGAAGGAAACAAGAGCUACAGUGGAUCCAUUCAAAGCUUAACUUCUAUAGGUUCCAAAGAAUCACCCAAAGCCACAUCGAACCCAGAGCUGCCUCCAAAAAUGUGCAGGAGGCUAAGGCUAGACACUGCUUCCAGCAACGGCUACCAGCGACCAGGCUCAGUAGUGGCAGCAAAGGCUCAACUAUUUGAAAAUGCUGGGCCACUCAAGCCGGUUUCUUCAGGACGCCAAGCCAAAGCCAUGUACUCCUGCAAAGCAGAGCAUAGCCAUGAGUUGUCCUUCCCCCAGGGGGCCAUCUUCUCCAACGUACACCCGUCAGUGGAGCCAGGGUGGCUGAAGGCGACCUAUGAAGGCAGAACAGGACUCGUCCCUGAAAACUAUGUUGUCUUCCUCUAAUAGUAUUAGUGGAUGGCAGUAUCUUCAUGGUAUCCAUGGUAACACAUAAUAAGUGCUCUGAUUUUAUCUGACACAGAUAUGGGGGACCAGCCACUAAAUGAAAACCCUCUGUUUGUCUCCAGUUCUUCACCGGCAGACCAAGUAGCUCCCAAUGAUGGAAAGAGUAACACAAAUGUUUUCAUCAUAGCCGUUGCUUUGGACUGUUUUCUUACUUUUAAAAUAAUCUUGCUGUUUUAUUUUUAUUUUUUGAAAAGAAGUGAUUUUUGACAGUGUCUGUUCUCCAGAGUUGCAGAAUCCCAGAUACUGAGCUCAGUUCUGCAUCCUGUAAAUUUGGAAGUGAGAAAUCUACUGUACCCGUGUUGAGAUUUUUCUUCAUUGCUUGGUUGUCUCUGGGGAACCUUGAAGUCAUUACUUUAAGAGUGUAAUUUAAAUCGUUCACUUAUUAUUUUUGUUUUUUAAAUAUAUUGUUUUUAUGUGUGGUUGUUUUGCUGGUCCUAAACAUUUCAAGAAAAUCAGUCAUUGUUUUAUCCUAAGUAUAUUUCUAUUUGUUUUCUAAGAUGAUAGUAUUGGAAAGCAAUAAUGUAUAUGAAGUCUGUAAAGAAAACCGAGUUAAGUCAAACACUGAUCCCUCCGUAAGCAGUCCAUUAGAAUGCUCGACGGCUUCUGUGGGUUACGAGCAAAAAUCCGCCGAGUGUACAGCCUAGGGUUAAAAAGUUUUGUGGCGGGCUGGACUUGACUUGUGAACCACAGAUGAACAAACCCUCCUUUAGAAGUUAUGUAAACCUAACUUGGGACUUUUACAAAUUUCCCAUUAAAACACGCGUGCUAAUAAACCACAUGUGCACAUCUCCUGCUUCUUAAGCCGCAUCGUGACAGUGCAGUGACAGUUACGGUAAACUGCGAUGGUGAUGUGCAGCUUCCAGCUGCCCCACCUGCACCGCUAAACUCUUCAGGUAUUCCAGUGAUGGGGAAGUCUUGGCCUCGGAGACGCUCUUACACAAACAACAAGGACAUUGUUUGGAAAUUUGAACUGGGAAGCUCUGUCUUUGAAACCUUGUUUAGUUGAAACAGAAAACAAACACCAGGUACUGGGUUCUUAGGCUACAGAGUAUGAAUUUUUAAGAUUUACUUAUUUAUAUGAUUAUUUUGUUCAUGUGUAUGUAUGUGUACAUGUAUGCCUUUACCCACGGAGGUCAGGAAAGGGAGGCAGCUAUGAACUGGAGUUACGCAUGGCUCUAAGUCACCACACGAGUACUGGGACUCGAACGCUGGUCCUCUGGAAGAGCAACAGCGCUCUCAGCCACUGAGCCAUCUCUCCAGCCCCAAACCGCACAGUUUGAAAGCAUGUCACCAUCACUAGCAGCCAUGACAUUUACAAAGGUUUUCUUUCUAUAAAUUCUUCUGAGUUAUAGAACUCAGAGAGCAGCGAGCUAUUUACUCUCCAGCUACAGGGCAUCAAUAAAAUGUUACAUAGCAGCCAUGUCUUCUAACAUAAUCUCUUUCAACAAUUCCAAAAUACAAUUCCUGUGAGUGUCUACAAUGGCAAAAAGCCUUUUUUCUCCAUAGUCGGAAAUAGUGUCUCCCCAGAUUCACUCCACUUGGCUUGUUAUCUAACUGAUUCCUUCAGUUUUCUCUAGUUCAUAGACUCUCGGGGGUCUGAAAGUGUAUGAAGCUGUUUUAGCCUGCCAUAGCCUAAAAUCUUCAUUCAUUCUACAUUGCCUAAGUAUUUCUAGAGAUAGUAGGCUGAGCAUGUAUGCAACACUAUGCCUCAGUGCACUUAUGCUGUUAAAUGAAAUAAGGCAAUGAUUUAAAUUAGCCAAUAACAGCAUACAGACAGAUACAUCCAGAAAUACCAUCAAUGAACUGAAGGCAAUGAAUGGAAAACAGCUCAUAAAAGUUGAAAUACAAUAGGAAACUGAUAAAAGUUUGGCUCUUUCUCUUUCCUCCCAAUGUUAGUCCUUGUGCACUCAAUGAGGUAUUGCUUGGUCAAGGUGGGUGCCUAGUGGCUUUUAGUAUACCAAUUCAUUGCUGUCUCUGAUGACCUUUUUCUGAGACAGAAGGUAGCUUUUAUCAUGUACCAGCUAUCUACUCUAUAUGGCCCUGCAAUGAAACCUCAUUGUUAUCACCCCUUGCAUCAUGCUAGAUCAGGGUCCCUGAUGGGAGGCUGAUUUUCUUUCUUUUUUUUUCCGCUUAUUUAUUUAUUAAAGAUUUCUGUCUCUUC